AUGCGUCGAGUCAAGAAGUCCCGUAACGGGUGUUCUCGGUGCAAAAGUAAGCGAGUCAAGUGUGGAGAGGAGAAGCCUCACUGCCAUCGCUGUACGCGCCUCGGGGUCCGAUGCCCCGGUUAUGUACAGUCUCUGAAAUGGGUCACCAACUAUGACGAGCCCAGUCCUGGAGCUUCGUCUGAUGUCAAAGCCCUGAGUCCUCCUGCGCCGACUCACAUAUCACCGAAACAGCCUUCGCACUCUACAGAACAGAUCAUACCAAAUGAUGACCCCACCGGCGACAGCGAGCCUCCGCAUAGUCUGGAUUCUUCGGGAUUCGGUAUUGGUGGUUCGGAUUCUCUUUGCGAUCACUUGUGGGAUAUGCCAGGCCAUGGAUCCUUGCCUGAACUGUCCGAUCUAUGCCCAUCUCCAAUCCCGACAUCAUCGGCAUUCCAGCAGUCGCACCAGGCGGCCGAUGACUUUAUCUCAUCUGUAGACAGUGCAGUCGACCUCUCACACUUUCUCUCCCUGAUUGCACCAUCAAAUACAGAAGAAGAGGGAGGAGAAGGUGAAGGGGCAGGGGGAAGCAGUAUAUACCGUGAUUUCUCCCCAUCGACCAUUGUACGCAGCUAUCCUCCAGCACAACAGCGAUCAACAUCUCGCGACUUCAGGUCAAUAUCCCGGCCAUUAAACAACCCAUCAUGGACACUCAUCGAAUACUACUUCAAAGAGGUCGCAGCCCUCUUCUCCAGCUAUGACAGCCAAAUGAACCCUUUCCGCACAACCGUUUCCCGACUCUGGGGCUCAUCACUAGCAAUGUGCCGCACAAUGCAAAGCAUGGCUGCAGCAACCCUAGUAAACGACUUCCCACAGUUCGGGCCCCUAGGCCGCAAAAUGCGAGACGAGGCCGUGGAAAUCAUCACCCGCGAAGCAGUCAUGGACGACAAAGCCCUCCUCGCCCUCCUCAUGCUCGGCCAAACAGCCAGCUGGCACGACCCAAAGGACCUGGGCAUAUCAUUCUUCAACCUACUCCGCAAACAACUGACUACAACCGGCUCAUCCUCCACUCCAGACUUCGGUUUCGUAAAAAGCACAAGCAACAACUACCGUUUCUUCGAAGAAGCUCUCAUAUACUGGGAAAUGCUCCUCUCCUUCGUCGCAGACACAGACAUGGUCUCUUCAGACUCGCAAGCCUCGUCAACAGGCGAGACCCUUGUCUUGCAACGAGUGCCACACCCUUGGACGGGCAUCGCGCGCGAUACGCAAUUUACAGUCCACGAAGUAGGCCGCUUAGUCCGACGUGAACGACAACGCGUCCGAGCCCACAGAUUCACCAGCCAAGAAGAAAUCGCCCGCGCCCAAAUCGCCAUCGCCAAGGCCCGAGAACUAGAAGAACGACUCUUGGCCCUGGCACACCCGGCAGAAGCGGAAAUCGUCUCGCCCGGCGACGACGAAACGCCCGUCUGGCAUCUCCUCACCAUGGCGGAGGUUUACCGGUGUACGGGCCUGAUGCAAUUAUAUCGCGUGUUUCCCGACCUGCUUCGAAACCGUUUAUCGAAUCCCUCCUCGGCAUCUACUUCCGCAGACCCAUUCUUCCCAAUCGAUCUAGACAGCAUGAACAUGUCAGCCGGAGGGGGUUUUUGCGAUACAAAUACGAACGCAAGUGCCGGAUCGGCUCAAGCAGGUCUAUCGAAUUCAAAUGCAAAUGCAAAUGCAAAUACAGCACAACAUCAUCCCACGCAGCCCUCACCCUCCACAACGAAUACAAUCACAGACAACGACCCCUCCGACUCCGACGCCCUAUAUAAUACCUGGCUCACCGAAUUCGCCAUAACAACUCUCUCCCGCCUAAAGACCAUCCCCCUCGAGUCCCGCACAAGAUGUCUACAGCCCUUUCUCCUCGUCGCAGCGAGCAGUGAGCUCCGCCUCCCACGCUCCCACGCGCACCACACGUCCCCCAAUACCCCGCAGAAUACUAGUAGAUACCAACCUCAACCGCACACGCCAGAUGAGCUCGAAAACGACUACCACGACGACAGCGAACAGCCCAGUAUCUCGAUGGAAGCGAUUGAAAUUUCCCGCACGAGAAGAUUUAUUCUCGGCAGAUUGACGUCGUUUCUGCACGUGUUGCCGCCGAAACCGAUUAAUGUGUGUUUGAGGUUAGUGAGGGAGGUGUGGAGGCGAAUGGAUGCGGGCGAGAUGGAGGUUUAUUGGAUUGAUGUUAUGAUUGAGAAGGGGUGGGAGACUACCAUGGGGUAG